CCCGCAGGACCCAGGGGUUUUUGCUCCGAGAGUAGCAAUUUUGACAACUGCUCCUUUUCCCCAAUCCUGCCUCUUGUGCCCUGGGUGUGUGUGUUCGCGUGUGUGAGUGUGAGUGUGUGGCUGUGUGUGUGUGAGUGUGUGCCUGUGUGUGUGUGUGUGUGUGUGUGUGUGUGUGUGUGUGUGAGUGUGUGGCUGUGUGUGUGCCAGCGCAUUUCUUUACUUUCAAACACAUUUCCUUUUUUAAAGCCCUGAGAUGGAGAGCGCAGGGCCAGGGGGAGGCGGGGACCCCAGUGGCGCGCGGCGCAUUGGGGGCUCCCCGCGGGUUCAGACCUGGGUGGUGGCCUGUUUAAGGGAAGGCAGAGGGGCAGUCAGGCGGGUAGUGGGGGUUAGGGACCAGGAAGCAGUGGGCAGGGAAGGGGUGCGGGGAGGAGUCCUGAUGUAAGAAUGUUAAUGAGAGGCUCCCCCAGCCCAGCCCAGCCCCACCCCUCCCCCUCCCUACCCCCAUCCACCCCACCCGCAGGAACACAAGCCCGGCCUCGGUGCGCCUUGUGUGGUAACGCGCUCGGCUGCUGCCACACUAUUUAAACGCGGGCUAUGGAUCCGGGAACCCGCGCGAAUCAAUGAGAUCAAACGCGGAGGAGAUGCACCGUCAAUUACAAACACUUGGACAAGUCUUUUUUUUUUUUUUUUUCUUUUGCAAAUACGCUUUCAAAGGCAACCUUAGCAACGCCCAAAUAAGAAGCCACCUCUAAGCCAAACAGCAAAUGUAUAAAGGAAGGGCGAAUAUAUACUUAUAAUAGUAUAGAUGUAUAUUACAGACGCACAGGUUUACACUCGGUGAACUUUUUCUUCUUUUUUUAAUGCUAGUGACACUGCAGAGGAGUCUUACUAUCUUUUGGCGUUAGGGAAGGGGGCAAUCUGUUUCCUUAGGGCGCCCAAGGGGGCGCAGGGACCUCGGAAAGGAGAGUGGGGAGGAAGGCGGCGGGCGGGUGGGGGGCCGAGGGCGAGCCGGCGGCCGGGGCGAGCGCCGCGUCGCCGCACCAUGCCGUCCCUGCUGCCGGUGCUCACUUUCUCCGCGCACGUCCUGCUCGGCUGGGCGCUGCUGGCCGGCGGCGCGGGCGGCGGUGACGGAGGCGGCGGGGGCGCGGGCCCGGGCGGCGGGCGCCGGGAGAGAGAAGCGCUGCCGCCCCAGAAGAUCGAGGUGCUGGUGCUGCUGCCCCAGGACGACUCUUACUUAUUCUCGCUGGCCCGCGUGAGGCCGGCCAUCGAGUACGCGCUGCGCAGCGUGGAGGGCAACGGGACCGGCCGGCGGCUCCUGCCGCCAGGCACUCGCUUCCAGGUGGCCUAUGAGGACUCGGACUGCGGCAACCGCGCGCUCUUCAGCCUGGUGGACCGCGUGGCGGCGGCGCGGGGCACCAAGCCCGACCUCAUCCUGGGGCCGGUGUGCGAGUACGCGGCGGCGCCGGUGGCCAGGCUGGCGUCGCACUGGGACCUGCCCAUGCUGUCGGCGGGAGCCCUGGCCGCCGGCUUCCAGCACAAGGACACUGAGUACUCGCACCUUACGCGCGUGGCGCCUGCCUAUGCCAAGAUGGGAGAGAUGAUGCUCGCCCUGUUCCGCCACCACCAGUGGAGCCGCGCCGUGCUGGUCUACAGCGACGACAAACUGGAGCGCAACUGCUACUUCACUCUCGAGGGGGUCCACGAGGUUUUCCAGGAGGAGGGUUUGCAUACAUCCUCCUACAGUUUCGACGAGACCAAAGGCUUGGACCUGGACGACAUCGUGGGCCACAUCCAGGCCAGUGAGCGAGUGGUGAUCAUGUGUGCCAGUGGGGACACCAUCCGGAGCAUCAUGCUGGCAGCACACAGACAUGGCAUGACCAGUGGAGACUAUGCCUUCUUCAACAUUGAACUCUUCAACAGCUCUUCCUAUGGAGAUGGCUCGUGGAAGAGAGGAGACAAACAUGACUUUGAAGCUAAGCAAGCGUACUCAUCCCUCCAAACAGUCACUCUACUGAGGACCGUGAAACCUGAGUUUGAGAAGUUUUCCAUGGAGGUGAAAAGUUCUGUUGAGAAGCAAGGGCUCAAUGAGGAUUACGUGAACAUGUUUGUUGAAGGCUUCCACGAUGCCAUCCUUCUCUACGUCCUGGCUUUGCAUGAAGUUCUCAGAGCUGGUUACAGCAAGAGGGAUGGAGGGAAGAUUAUCCAGCAGACUUGGAACAGGACAUUUGAAGGUAUUGCUGGGCAGGUAUCCAUAGACGCCAAUGGAGACCGAUACGGGGACUUCUCUGUGAUCGCCAUGACUGACGCAGAAGCAGGCACCCAGGAGGUUAUUGGCGAUUACUUUGGAAAAGAAGGUCGUUUUGAAAUGCGACCAAAUGUUAAAUAUCCUUGGGGCCCUCUGAAGCUGCGAAUAGAUGAAACCAGAAUCGCGGAGCACAGCAACAGCUCUCCCUGCAAAUCAUCAGGUGGCCUAGAAGAAUCGGCAGUGACGGGAAUUGUCGUGGGGGCCUUACUAGGAGCUGGCUUGCUAAUGGCAUUUUACUUUUUCAGGAAGAAAUACAGAAUAACCAUUGAGAGGAGAAACCAACAAGAAGAAAGCAAUGUUGGAAAACAUCGAGAGUUGCGGGAAGAUUCCAUCAGAUCUCACUUUUCCGUGGCUUAAAAGAAGGCUCUUUUUUUUUUUUCCUGCUUGAGAUUCCUUAAGGAGAUAGAUGGGAUAAAAGUCUUCGAUGAAACAGAAGGGGUGUUAUUGAAGAAUUCAUUCUUUAAAGCAGUUAGUCAUUUUAUUUUAAUAUUUCUUUAGAAGCUCAGGAACUAUUAUUAAUCACCAUCUGCCUCCCAGCCUUUCAUGUCAUGUCAAACAAAUAUAGGAUAUAAUGUUAUUGUGUUCAAUAUUUGUAGUGCUUGAGGGUAUAUAAUUAGAUUUAUAUUUAAAGAAUCAGAUGUCUCCUUAUCUUUGUGGCUUUUGGGGGGCAUUCCACACAAGGAUAUAAAAAAAUGUGGUUUUCUUAAAUGAAAUGCUUUGUAGUUAGAAUAAAAUCAUUUUAACAAGUAGAGUUAAAGAAUUCUCUUGGAAAGAAUUUGACACCCGAUAAGGAGAAAAUAUUAAGAAAAAUCCCAGUGUUGGAGAUUGGCAUUGUUCUCAGGAGCUGGUGGGCAACUUUGUGGUUGGGAAGCGCUCUGUCCAGAGUCUGCACUCAGGUCUGAUUUCCUAUCUCAAGGAAGGAACCUCUCUGUCUUUUUUUCAGUGUCUCAUAAAAGUUACUCUGAAAAAUGUAAAUAUUAGUGAGAUUGGAGGAUUCAUGUAAGAAAAACAAGUUUGACAUGUUUCUGUUUCUGAUGUAAAAAGAAGCCCGAAUUCACACUAACAUUUUACUUUUAAGUAUUUUAAUCUUACAUGUUGGUAUCAGAAAAUGUGUCUUUUUUUUUCACUUUGAAAAUUUCACUUACAUUUUAAAAGCAUGGAUAAAAUGUACAACAAGCAAGUGAUGAUGAAUGAUGCUUCUCUUUUACCCAUUUCCCACUUCUCUUUGGCUGGAGCCAAAUACCAAUUAGUGCUUUAAUUACAGAAGCUCUGUAAAGGUGUUCAGAUUAUAAACUAUAGGAUUACAUCAAUUUAAGCUGCUUUUACAUUUUUAACUGUGCUAAAUGCAAAUUGCUUUAGGUUUAUAGUCCUUCCAGUUCUGAUCAAACGAUGAGUUACAAGAUGAGGAAUGAAAAGUUAUUAGUGUUCUGCAAAGUUUUAUGAAAAGAGAUAGAUUGUUUCUCUCAAGAGCAACUUAAUAGUGAAAAUUUGACAGCAGGCACAGAAAUGAUAAAUUUAAAAAAUGCAUACAUAAUGCUCACCAGCAUUCACAGUGAUGACUUUGGUCAAAAGAGGAAUCUAAAUUUCCACUGUAUCCCCUUUCAUUCAACUCCACAGAGCUCUGUAGUCACCCACCAGUUGCCUGUGUUAAUGGUGGGUUUGGUGUGGUUGCAAGGAAUUUUGCAGUUGGAUAAGUAUUUGCUGGAUGUCUACUUGGCAUCCACUACUAUGCACAGAGGCUUAAACUCAGGUUGGCAUCUUUGCUUAUCAUUUGUAGAGGAACUAGAUAGUAAAGAAAGGAAUGGAGACUGUCCCAUGAGUGUGUCAUUGUGUAAUAUGUCAUGAGGGUCUUUCCUUGAUAACAUUUUCAGCAAUAAAAUAGCAAUAAAAGCCAUCCUCAUACCUUAAAAGGUCAUAAAUAGGGAGGGAAACUGGGGUGCUUAAGCAAUUCCUCGGCAGUGAUGGAAGUCAUAGUUCAAUGGAGGUGACAGUUUCUAGUGUUCUGAGUCAAGGGAAGGACCAGGUUCAGGGCCUUGGCCUUGCUUGCCUCCCUCACUAGAGGAGACUACAUCUGUUACUCAUGCUUCGGCCCCACUGAACAGACUAUUUGUAUGUGAGGUUUGUUUUCUGCUUCUUUAGAAAGUGGAAUGCAGGCCUCUGGGAAGACAUGGUAAAAUAAUUACCUAUGAUCAACAGAAACAACUACCUUGUAGUUCCCCAUCCUGUUUGCAAAGAAAAAUCAUGCUGAAUUCAAGCAAUGAUAGAAAAAAAGAAGGCAAACUCCAGAAAUUCUGAUGUGGGAGAGAGUUUUAAAAGUAAAAUCCAGUAAAGUAAAGUAUUUGCUUUCCUUAAAAUGAAAAAAACAGUGGGAAGAAUUGGUUCCAUCUUAUGUGAAUCAGAGAGAUUAUUUCUCUCUCUUUUUAUUAUUUCAUGAUGUUUUCUAAUAUAUUUUAGUGAUAUGAACUCCCUAUUAUUUUGUGUUGAUAAGAAAUUGCAUUUCAAGCCCAUGUGGUUUUUUUACAGGGUGAAAAACACUCUUCCUGAUUGUAAUCUUUGGUAUAAACAUUUCCGACCUUUCUAGAAUUUACAUAGUAGCUCAUUAAUGCCAACAUUUUUAGAGCAAAUAUCUUUUAUUUCUACCUUAGAUAGAGAAAUAGUUAUAAAUUUAGUAUUAUAUCCCUAGAUAAGAUUUUAAAGAGAGAAUUUAGUCUGUAUAAAUGGCAGCACAAAUCACGAGAUUUUUGUCAUGCAAAUGUCAUUUUCUUCUAUUUUUGAAGCAAUCUCUAGUGUUCUUAAGGUUGAUUGCUUAUUUACAUUUUUACUGUCUCUUUUGUUUCCCUUGAAAUCUUUACAUGGGUUACCAAUGCUUUAUUGAAUUUGGAAAACACCAUUAAAUUGGGAAACUUUUGCUAGGAGUGUAGAAGUUUGGCUCAAUGUUGCCCUGGAUUAAGAUCUCAAGAUUAUAUUUUCAGACUUAAGUUCCUAAUUGCUAAACAACAUCUUUGACAACUGUUCAUUCACACUCUUCCAGUAGUCACAUGCUAAGGUACAUAGCGGGUAGGUUCUUAAAUCAUGCUCUGAAAAUCAGGAUGUUCAGAAUUCUAAGUGGAUAUUUUAUCAAUUGAUUUGUCAUAUGCUCACAUUCAUAUAGAUCCACAUGAGUAUAUACUUUUUGGUGUUGGGAAUAAGUACAGGAUUUAUUACUGAUGUAGAUUUUGGCAGGUGGGAGGAAAUCCCAAAUAAAAUCUUGUCCUGCAUGAUAACUUAUAUAGGGAAUGAUCUCUCCCCACAGUGGAAUCACAGGUUUUAUGAGGAAUAACCCUGCAUUUCUCUGAAGAACUAUCAACUUGUCUUUUUUUGAACCACAGUCAUGAUUCCUCAGGCCUUAUAGUAGUUCUUUACAUUUCAGAAGCUAUAUUUAAUGGAGGGAGAAGAGAAACAUAGGGAAAGAGAAUAAACACCUUCUUUUCUCCUCUCCCUGAGGUUCAGACUUCUGCUUUGGAAUACCAUGUCACUUCUCCCAUUCACAGGUUCCCAGGGCCAUCUACUUACUCAAGGUACAUGUGCCUUCUUUGACCCUAACUUAUUAUUUUUUCUUCUGGUGGGACUGAUUUUGAGGGCAGUGAAAACCAAUGUAGACCUUAGACAAACAGUGAUGGAUUUGGAAGUAGGUUCUAAUGGCAUCGGCACUUUCUUGUAAAUGAACGUAUGCUGGCUAUUUGCUGAAGUCUCUUUAGGAGACCCAACAGAAUAUUGUGCCGUUGGUAUUAAGGGAGUGUUUAUAAACUCUAAGGAACAAGUGCCUAUGUUUCUUGGGACAUAAAGAACUCACAUCCCAAAUGGACACAGUCAUAAAGGCAAACGCCAACCAAAAUUAGGCCCCUUGAUCUAUGUGUCAUGGAUUUUGUUUAGUUACACCCUGUGGUUCAAGCCUUCAUAGGAAGUUGGUAAUGAGUCGAAUUUCUUGUUCAGUGGAAAAAACUAAAACUGUCUAAAAACACAGGAUAUAUUUUAGGGGCAGAGUGGAAGCAGCGAGAGAAUCAAAUGGUGGUGUUCAGAGGGACCAGUUUUUUUUUUUUUUUCAGUUGGUCUUUAGAACUAAAUAAUAAUAGUAACAAUUUAGUCCCUCUUCAACAUCAAGACUCAGCAGGAAGGUUGGGACACGCCCACAGGAAGAAUCUUUUGACCCCCCAAAGGAAAUGGGGAAGGGUAUCUUUGCAGGUUUCUUUUGUCUUUCCCCUCUUUCCUCACCCAACCCCACCUGGCAGCCAUCAUGACUCCAAGGGUGUGUCAGCAUCUUGCCCAGGAAGGUGGGAACUUAUGAGAAGGUCUCUAUACUUCCUCAGAGGAAAAAUAGGUAAAAUAGUGAUGGCUGGAAGAAAAAGGCCGUCAGAGCCCCUACACUAACGUGGCCACACAGCCCUGGGGACGGUGAUGUGUAUCUCCUUCAACAAGUCUGGCUUUGGUUUUCAGCACACAGAUUUCAUAAAUGUCUCUUGAACGUAUACGCCAUUGCUAAAGUGCAGAAUUAAAAUAACUUUCAAAAGUUAUUGCUGGGUUGGAGUUUGUUCAAAUUUCUUUGAUUUUUCAGUUAAUUUUAUUGGUACAUUUGAGAUAUACAUAAUGAUCACAUUCACCAUAGGGAAUUUGUACCUGUCCACUGUAUAUCUUGAUUCAUCUUUCAAACUUCUCAUUAACCACUAAUGUUAAUUCAUACCAAAGGCAAAGCUUUCUAAGCCAGCGGAGGCUGUUGACAUUCACACUUUAAGCUACUUCAAAUACUAUGAAAGCUUUUGUUGAGAGCUGAGACUCAGCAUUAAAAAUCCAUACGUUUUAACAGUUCUUUGAUGUGUCAGGUGUGGGAGGGUUCUUCAUGGAAACUUCUGAACAAAUAGAAUUAAGAGAUAUCAAACAUGUUGUGUUGCUGCACUUCAAAGAUUUAAAGGCCUAAAUUUCUAUGCAUAAGGAACAAAGGUCACUUAUCACAUGUUUAUUCAUAACAUAAACUACCAGUUUGAUGUUGCUGUUACAAAAAUAAUUAUUAGUGGACAAAGAAAACUAAGAAAAGGAAGUCUGGAUUUUGAAAUGGGCUUUGUCUUAUUUGUUGUUCAAUGUGAAGAUCUGAAAAUGUUCAAUGUCAUGUAUCUUAUAAGACAGCAAUGAAAUGCCCCUCAACAGCACAAAGAGGGUGUGAAUUUGUGGACCUUUGUGUGGGGUCCUGGGAGUUAGAGCUUUGUUCCCUGUGCAUAACUGAAACCAAGAGGACACAGGAUAGACAUUGUGGAGGAUAAAGGCUGUGUGCUUGUCUUCUGAGCCUUAGUACUCAUUGUUAAUUUAAAUAUAGGACUGCCAAGCAAUGCAAACUUAUCAUGAGUCCAAUAGAGAAGUCAAAGUAAAAGCUGCACAAGCUACAUACAGUUUAUGAUUCUAAUGUAAGUAGAACUAUCUGCAUAUAAUGUGAUUUAAUUUAUUGUUGUUCUGUGUAGAAAUUAAGAAUUAAUGACUGUGGAUAUAACCUCUGUUUUGUAUAAUGUAUUUUAUUUCUGGUGCAUUUAAAAUAUCUACUUUAUUUGGUGUUUGGAUAUAAAUGUGUAUGUAUUCUUAUAAAUGUUUCUAUUAUGCAAGAAUGCCACCUAUUCUGACUAUAACAAUGUGUUCUCAUUAAAAAAUACAUCCCACAGAAA